AUGACAGAUACUCCUCAAAUUCUGUAUAAACGCACGCGGGUAGGAAUGAAGUACCCGCCCAACUGUGCACUGAUGAAGUCUCCGCGUUUAGUGACGAAAACUUUUCAAGAAGCAUCCGUCCAGUUGGUCAUGGAUACGCGUCGGGUCCAUGACCUUCCCGGUAUCUCCGGCUAUCCGGCUUCUGAGAUGAUUCAUGCCUCCGAGCGAAGACUAAUUUGGUUUUGCGAGAGACUCACCUGGAACCGAGCUGAAUCUCUCGUUUGUGAUGUUCCCAGGCGACUGAAUGUGCUGCACCAGACGGCCCCUUGUUUCAGUCGCUUCGAUCGACUGAAAAAUGAGGCGACCUGGUGCAGCACAUCCAGUCGCCUGGUAACAUCACAAAGGAGAGAUUCAGCUGGGUUCCAGGCGAGUCUCUUGCGAAACCAAAUUAGGAGCAUUCAGCUGCGGAAUGGACCAUUUCAGUUCACACUGGAGAAAUCAGAUUGCACUUUUCCCUGUGGUGCUACCCUUAAGGAAGAGUAUUUUAUAUCAAGACAAUUGAUGUUGCCAGUCAACGAGAAAAUGGUCACACUAUACAAGGUAGUCCAGAGUGAAGACAGAUGUUUAUUUGAAAAAAAACUGCUAGAAAAACCGAACUGGCUGACAGAAGAUGACUCUUCAUCCGUUUUCCACGAUCCGAAUGGAAUCGGUACAAAUGAUGCUUUUGAACUGGAUGGUACUUAUCACGACAGAAGAGAGAUUGCAAACUACUUCUUGAGGAUGACUCGCAGGAUCGUAUCGACUGAAACAUGUGGCCGCCUGAUUCAGCAUAUUCAGUUGCUUGAAAACGUCAUAAACGAGAGAUUUAGGUGGGUACCAGGUGAGUCUCACGCAAAACCAAAUUUGUUUGAAAUGAUUUUGUGCAUUUUGGUUUCAAGUAGACCAAAAGUUUGA